AGCACGGUGCUGGGCUGCGGCCUCCUGGGCGCCCACGAGGCCCGUCCCCCUCUCUACGUGAUCGAGUGGGUCCGAUUCGGCUUCGUCCUCCCCAUCUUCAUCAAGUUCGGGCUCUACUCGCCGCGGGUGGACCCGGAGUACGUCGGUCGCGUGCGGAUCGAGGAAGGCGCCUCGCUGCGCAUCGACCUCCUGCGUGCCGAGGACCAAGGCUGGUACGAGUGCCGUGUGCUCUUCCUUGACCGGCACAGCACCGACGCCGACUUCCAGAACGGCACCUGGAUCCACCUCACUGUCAACGCACCCCCCACCUUCCUGGAGACCCCCCCUGCAUUCGUGGAGGUGCGGGACCAGGAUGCACUGAGCCUUACCUGCACAGCUGCCGGCAACCCCAAGCCCGUUGUCAUCUGGAAGAGGAGCGACCUGGCUGUCCAGAGCGGGGACACGGUGCAGGUGAGGAACGGGACGCUGAGCAUCGCCGUUGUGGAGCGCACCAGUGCUGGCACCUACACCUGCCACGCAUCCAGCAAGGAGGGCACCAUCACCCAUACCACCCGCGUGCUCGUGCAGGGGCCACCCAUCAUCGUGGUGCCACCCCAGAAUGUCACCGUCAACGUCUCCCAGGAUGUCUUUCUGGUGUGCCAAGCUGAGGCGUACCCAGGAAACCUCACCUACACCUGGUUCCAGGGCAGCAGCAACGUCUUCCACCUCAGCCACCUCCAGGCUCGGGUCCGUGUCCUGGUGGACGGGAGUCUGCUGCUCCAGCGAACGACCCCGGACGACGCUGGCAAAUACACCUGCAUCCCUAGCAACGGGCUGUGGAAGCCACCCUCUGCCUCAGCCUUUGUCACAGUGCUGUAUCCGGCACAGGUGACCACCAUGCUCCCAGAGACCCCCCUGCCCAAGGGGAUGCAGGGUGUGAUCCACUGCCCCGCCAGGGCCAACCCCCCCCUGCUCUCUGUCAGCUGGACGAGGGACGGGCGCCCGCUGGAGCUGGACAAGCUCCCUGGCUGGUCCAUGAGACCGGAUGGCUCCAUUGUCAUUGCGACGGGGAACGACGAUGCGCUGGGAGUGUACACGUGUACCCCGUACAACAGCUACGGCACCGCCGGCACCUCCCGGCCCACGCGUGUCCUGCUGAAGGACCCCCCUGCCUUCACAAUGCGCCCCAAGGAGGAAUACUUCCAGGAGGUGGGCCGGGAGCUGGUGAUCCCCUGCACGGCCCACGGGGAUCCCCCGCCCACUGUUGCCUGGCUGAAGGUGGGCAGCGUGGGGAAGAGCGGCGCCCAGGUGGAUGGCAACAGCAGCCUUGUCUUCCGCCCGCUUGUCAAAGAGCAGCACGGGGUCUGGGAGUGCGUGGCCACCAACCAGGUAGCCAGUGUCAGCACCGCCACCUCCGUCCAUGUCCUGGGUACCAGCCCUCACGCUGUCACCAACGUCUCUGUGCUCCCGCUGCUGCGGGCAGCCAACAUCUCCUGGGAGCCAGGGUUCGAUGGAGGCUAUUUCCAGAGGUUCAGCGUCUGGUACACGCCGCUGGUGAAGCAUCCGCCCCGAGCCCACCAUGACUGGGUGUCGCUCUCGGUGCCAGUGGGGGCUCAGCACCUCGUGGUGGAGAAUCUGCAGCCAGACAUGAGCUACCAGUUCAGCGUUCUGGCCCAGAACAAGCUGGGCAGCGGCCCCUUCAGCCAGAUUGUCACCUCUGUGCCCAAGGGCUUCCCAGUGACCACAGUGCCUCCAGAGCCGCCGGCCAUGACCAUGCGCAUCUUCCUGUCCCCGCCACGGGCUCUGACGGCCAACGAGACCGUACGUGGGGUCCUGCUGCAGUGGGAGCCCCCGGCUCAGUUCUCAGUGGCGCUGAGCGGCUACGCGCUGGAGCUGCGGCAGGACAAGGGCGGCUGGGAGGUGCUGGACCGCUCCAUCCCCAGCACAGAGACCCAGAUCCUGGUGCCGGGACUCAUCAAGGACGCCUUCUACGAGUUCCGCCUGGUGGCCUUUGCUGGCAGCUACAUCAGCGAUCCCAGCAACACGGUGAACAUCUCCACAGCAGGCAUGGAGGUGUAUCCGUCUCGCACCCAACUGCCGGAGCUCCUGCCGCAGCCGGUGCUGGCCGGGGUCAUCGGGGGGAUCUGCUUCCUCAGCGUGGCUGUCAUCUUCAGCACCGUGGCUGCCUGCAUCAUGAACCGCCGGCGUGCCGCCCGCAUCCAGAAGCGAAGGCAAGAUCCACCACUCGUCUUCUCCCCCAGCAAGAAGCUUUCACUUCCACACAAUUCUCGUGGCUCUGGUAGCCCAGACAGCACCAUGAAGCUGAAGCUGCAGCCAUCCCCCUACCGGAGCCUGCGCCGGACGCUGCUGUGGGGCGAGAAGGCCGGUACCAGCCUGGGCCUCAGCAUUGCUGGGGCCAGCUCCCGGUACGCCGUGUACGAGAGCCACGUCGGGGAGCACGUGCCCCUGGAGCGGAUCUGCCGCGGCCCCGAUGGGCGCUUCGUGGUGGAGACGAACACGCGGCCGCAGGAGAGCGGCUGUGGGGUGCUGCCCUACGCCAAGCCAGAGCCGUACCUGCAGCGGGACCCCUUGGGGCCGCAGCCUGAGCCCCACCUCCAGCUGCCCGAGGAGGAGGAGCCCAUCUGGCACAAGGGGGUCUCACUGCGCCCCCGGCCCAUGGGGCAGGGCCACCGGGGAGCCCGUGCCACUGGCUACCGCCAGGGCCGUUACUUUGGCUGCAGCAGCAGCAGCAGCCCCGUGGACGAGGCUGCAGCAUUGUGCAUCGUCAACAUCAGCCCCGUGGCCUCCGCCACAACUUUGCCUUACAGCACGGUGGAGGAGCCACGCGACAGCCCCAGCAGCACCCUGUGGGACUUGCUGCCCCUCGAGGGCUCCCGCCAGCCACCC